CGAGAAUAUGGUUAUGACCGCACGGUUUUUUUUUUCCUUUUUGAUUUCAGUGAUAGAUUAAUGAUAUUUUCUCUCUUGUGACCUGUUUGAUAUAUAUUUUAAAAUUUCGGAUCACUUGGUCUGGUGACACCUGGUGACAUCUGAUAGAUCCUAUGAAAUGGGUGAAGAAAGAGGUGCACAGUCCCAACCAACAACAAUAUGGCAUGGAGGAAGCUUAAGGGACAGUUUCUUGACAGUCGUUCAGAACGCUGGAUCUCAAGAAAUGCGAAAUGAGCUUGUGGAGGAUUUUAGGACAGCAUUGGAUAUUCUGGCACAGGCUGCACCUGCUCCUAAUAUGUCAUCGGUUGAAGCAGAAAGCGGAAAUGAUCGUGUGGAUACAGUGAUUAUCGUUGAUGAAGACAGUGCGUCGAGUACUUCUUCAGGUUCUGGUACUAGACAUAGGCUAACUCCAAGUAUUAACGGGAAUCAGUUUGGAAGACUGACAACUGAUGCAACCGAGAACAGUGGAGAAUAUUCCUCUGCAAAUGAUGAUGCUAUCAACACGAAUCUUCAGAGGGAAUUGAGCCGUUUAAGGGCACUUCUUCACAGAAUUGAAUUGCAACGGUUUUGGUUACUUGUGCUCAAUGUUCUACCUUUCUUCAUCAUUGUAUUUCUCAAAGCUGUUGUUGAUGGAUUCUUUUCAUUAAUAAGCGUUUUGGUAGCGCUUUUCCUUUUUCAUAUUGCAAACAGCACUUUUAUGGCUUCUCGAAGGGAAAAGCGCUACUUCCAUCUUUUGCAGUCAUUCACAUCAUCAGUUUUUUUCAACUUCCAGUCACUUUUUAUGGUACGGCAAAUUUUUAAUUACGUUAUUGUUAUGGGACUGGAUUCGAUCUAUAUACCAAUGGCUUUUAUGUCGCGUCUUACGAAUCCGAUCACUUUUUUCGCCACUUUGCAUGCUGUGCUGGUCGUUGAUUUUGCUGUUAAAAUUAUCACCGUUACAGUGAAGGCCACGCUCACCGUUUUGCCGACAAAAUUCAUCGGGAACAGACGUUUACGUCGACUUUUCCAGUGGAUCGAAUAUACCAGCCAGUUAUAUCGUUACAUUUUGCCAAUACCCCAGUGGACUCGAUAUCUGAGUUACUCGCUAUUUUCCACUCCACUUACAUAUUUCAGUGAUCAUUUCUUCGCCGUGCUAUAUAUAAUUUAUAAGGUAUGCUUAAUAAAAGUGAUUGGUAAACGUUGGUUUGAAAGCACCCGUCGUAUUUUUCGCCUUACAACCGUUGGUUUGAAAGUUCCAACAGGUGAAGAAGAUUCAGCUCAGUGUACAAUUUGCUUCAAUGAUUUUUGCAAUCCCGUUAGGCUUUCUUGUGGACAUGUUUUCUGUGAGGAAUGUAUCGGCACCUGGCUGGAUAACGAGCAUACCUGUCCAAUGUGUCGAGCAACAGUUGCCCAAGAGGAUAAUUUGUGGAAAAGUGGAGAUACGACAUAUUCUCCUCAGUUAUGUUAA